AUGAAGAGGCCGCCCGAAGACGCGCUGGACGUAUCGACGAACCAUUUGACAUGUGCCGAGCGUUGGGAGAAGAGUUUUGAGCAACGAGAGUGCAAGGAAGGUUGUCUGGACUCUGGGGUGACAGACGAAGGUGUAUUCGAGGUCCGUAUCUCCGGAGACUCGUCGGAGGACAAUUUAACAAGCAAUGGUGUCGGUAGCGAUACCGAUGAGGAGUCGGCUGGACGCCCACAGGAACUACAAGAUGUAAUGAAGGUGAUGAGCGUAUCAACAUGGGUCCGAUCGGUGCUUGGAGCGAGAGGUGAUGAAUCAAGUGCAGUGACUGGUGAGACUGAGACGGUCUUGGGUGUCAAGCGUCGGGACGGUGACUCCCCAGCCUCAUAUUCUGCGACUAGCGAAAAAGAAAGCACGAUGGCCGGUCGAGAGGAUGUACAAGCCUCACAAAAGGAAAUGCAUGUGAGAGCGAGUGUUCGCAUGGAGUCUCAAGUCGAGGACAGGUUGGCAGAAGACGGAAUAACAGAGCUGGAUAAGACUUACAUAUCGGUUGCUCGAGUGUUGACGACCGAAGGAAGCGAAGUUGCGGGUGAUCCAUGGGUGGACCACUACAAACACCCAGCUAACAAAAUCGGCUUGAAAGAGUAUGCAAAAGAAUUAGCGUUCCUCCCCGACUUCACAGAAGAUUCAAACACGACCAUCGACUACGGAGCUCCGAAUGUCAAGAACUCUUGCUUGACGACCGAUCAGCAAGAACGGCUGGUCGCUACGCUGAAGAAGAAUGAGCGGAUCCUCAUUGCCAGCG